UGGUGUGCGUCUACAGGAGAUGCAAAACCUUAUUUACAAAUAGACCUGGAAACCAUCCAUAUUGUCUGUGCUGUGUCAACACAAGGAAAUCCAAAUGCAGAUCAGUGGAUAGAGACCUACACAAUCCAGGUAUCAACGGAUGGAACAACCUGGACAGAUUAUAAGGAACAUGGUCAAAAUAAGGUACGUUUCUACAUUCCUUCCACUUUAUCUAUGCCAACUCUUGUAUAAAAAACAACAACAACAACAAAACCGAUAAAAAUCACAAACGACAUAGAGUGAUUUUCGUAUGACCUUGAAAUAAAAAACGCGCGAAAAAAACAGAAACAACAAACGAACGGAAAUAGAGCCAUUUCAUUGGUCUAUAGAACGAAUAUAUACAAACGCGCGUGGCUUUUGCAUUGGUUGGUUAAGCGAAGACUCGGGUGAGAUAACGUCAUGCACGAGAACUUUCUAGAAAUUAGUCGAUACUUCGUUUUGACGUCACACUGCAAGUAAAAUUCGGUUACAUAUUUUACACAUAUUGCAGAACUUAAGGACAAAAAGAAAAUUUGAGUCAUAAACACUUAAAACUGAAAACUGAAAACCUUUGACUUUUACAAAACGAGGAACUCUUUCGAGAUGUAAACGAAAAGAGUUUUUCUGUUACGUUCUAUUACCUUGUCGAUUAGAAGAGCUGGUUGAUUCUUUAGCCUAAUGACAAUAAUAAUUAUGUUGAUUGCACCACUAAUCAAUGACUAAUGAAAUUGACAUGAGUAAUGGAAAGGACAGUGAUAAAAGCACUAUAAUUCUGUGAAAAUGACAAUUUCAAACUUCCCUGGUUGUUGACGCAAUCUCUUUGGAGAAUAGCUGUGUUGUUCUUAUAAAAACCCUGGGUAAAUGUAGGUGCGUACUUAUUUUCCCUAUUUUGAAAUGUAAUAGAUCUGAAGGUUUAAUAUGGCUGAACCGUUGUAUUGUGGUUAGAUUUUCACAGCUAACAACGACAGAAAUACAGAGAAUAAAGACAUCCUCUCUGAGGGUGUUUUAGCGAAAACGCUGAGAUUCAUUGGCCAAACAAGUCACAACAGGUUCUGUCUGAGAACAGAAAUAUAUGGAGUAAAACUAAAGCCAGGU